AUGGCGGCAUCAGCAGCAGCCGGCCUGCUGGGCCGCCAACUCAAGCAGAUGCAGACGGAUAAGGAUAUCCCGGGCAUCAGCUGCGGCCUGACUGACGAGAACAAUAUCUUCGAGUGGGAGGUUAUGUUGAUGAUCUCGGAUGAAUGCAAGUUCUACGGCGGCGGUUUCUUUCAUGCCAGGCUGUCGUUCCCUUCAGAAUACCCGCAUCUCCCACCCAAGAUGAAGUUCGAAACGCCUAUCUUCCACCCCAAUACCGUAGUCUACCCGAACGGCGAAGUCUGCAUAUCCAUUCUACAUCCACCCGAGGAAGAUAAAUAUGGCUACGAAUCGGCAGCGGAGCGCUGGUCGCCAGUGCAAACACCAGAGACAAUUCUGCUGUCGGUGAUCAGUAUGUUAAGCAGUCCAAACGACGAGAGCCCCGCCGAUGUCGAGGCCGCAAGGCUGUGGCGGGAUGACCCGAAAGAAUUCAAGCGGAGAGUGAGGAAGUGUGUGCGUGAGAGCGUGGGAGAAGAGUAA